AUGUUCUUCUCUGCUGCUAUCCUUGGCCUUGCCACCGCCGCUGUUGCCGCUCCCGCCAACGUCGUGCCCAACUACCCUGCUCACCAGCAGUCCCAAGGCUUCCGCCUGGUCGUCAACGUCACCGACAAGGCCCUCGACCUCAAGCCCUCCGUCCAGGGCCUGUACGUCAACAGCAUCCACGUCGGCGCUGGCCUCAACGUGGCCGGCGUUGGCUCCAAGGACGUGUCCAACGUCUUCUACCAGAACGGCACCGCCUCUGAGUUCCGCUUCAGCAGCGCCACCACCAUCACCGACGAGGCCACGCCCUUGACUCCCUUCGGCCUCUCCCUGAGCAAGAACGCCGACUCCGACUCCGUCUCCUCCGCCUACAUCAACGGCGGCGCUGGCACUCCCGGCGUGCAGAUCUCCCAGUUCCCCGAGGGCUUCCUGUUCCUCGAGCCCGAGACCUUUGUCAUCUGCAACAACGCCCUCCAGUACUACCAGGGCCAGAAGUUCCUCGUCGUUGAGCAGGCCGCCACCACCGUCGGCUCCGACGGCCAGGUCGCCAAGAACCUCCCUGAGGGCUGUGCUCCCGUCCGCCUCGUCCCGGAGUGUGCUCCUCUCGAGGCUCUCCCUGCUGGAUCCUACGCCAGCCACGAGUUUGCCCUCCAGUCUGAGUGCUACGCCGAUGUUGCCUCCAUCAACUGGAGCCAGUACGGCCCAUAAAUGUUUGCUUCUUCUUCUUUUUUGCAUUGAGUAGCAGCGAAAAUUUGACCUGAUUGAUCGAGCUUUGUUAACGGCAUUGGAAGCGACGGAUAUAAUGGUGUUACAGUACUGAAUUGCCUGGAUCCGAAGGCGUAUAAAGUAAUUCUUAAUCUAUAUAGUAAUACCUUAUAAUAUACAUAUACACUUUUGUUAGA